AUGGAAAAGGAGGAUUCCAAGAGAUCCAAAGAAGUUGCGGCUGGUGAAAAAUACAAGUCUGAUGUUAAGAGCGGUAAAGAUACAAGCUUCUGGUACGACAAUUGGACCCCUUUGGGCCCCUUAAUCUCUAUUUCCGGCGAAGAUGGAACCCGCAGGCUCAGGACCAGACCUGACGCCUCUGUUGCUGAUGUCCGCAACACUACAGGUUGGGCACUCCCUCAUCCUCGUUCAGAGGAGGAAGUAACUCUACACACUUACCUCUCUUCGAUCCCUGUUCCCUCACCAGAUAUGGGUACAGACAGUUUCAGCUGGACGGUCGAAGGUGAUUCCUGCAGCACCUACUCUUCCUCUAAAACUUGGGAGGUCCUUAGACCAAGAGGAACAACACAAGCCAGCGCUAAGCACAUCUGGUUUAGUGGGGCAACUCCGAAGCAUGCUUUUCACAUGUGGGUUACUAAUUUAAAUCGGCUUCCAACGAGAGACAGGUUGUCUGCUUGGGGUAUGCAAGUCCCUCUCAGUUGCUGCAUCUGCUCUCUUCACCCAGAAUCUAGAGACCAUAUCAUGCUCUCUUGUCCUUAUUCUUUGACUUUGUGGUCUGAGGUUGCUCGCAGGCUCCGUUGCGUUGUGCCUAACUUCGGCGACUGGCUGCGCUUAUUCAUUGAGCUUACUCUUCUCUACACGGUCUGGCAGCAGCGCAACAAUAUGUUCUUUAACCAGACUUUGUCUCCCCCGCUUGUGGCGUUUAAAGACAUCAACAUGCAGGUUGUUAACUCCAUCACAGCAUUGCGGACUAGGAAGAACUUCAGAGCCCUCAUGCAGCUUUGGUUAAUCUGA